CAUCUCUCCAGCUGUCUGCGACCAGCCUCUGCGGUCAGGCUUCUUCAUUUUUUUGUUUUUUAUUUUUUUUAUUUUUAGCAAUCUAAAACUUAAACAAACAAACAAACAAAAACUUUUCAGGCGGAAGAAUUUAUUUUAAGCAUUUAAAAAAAAAAAAACCUAUAUUUUGAAACAAUGUGGACCUUUUUGGGAAUUGCAACUUUCACGUAUAUUUAUAAGAAGUCCAACAUGCUGCUGAAUGUGGCUCAUAAGGAGCUGCUGCUGAUAGCAGCUCUGCUCCUCUCAGCCGGACUGCUGAUCUCUUACAUUAGAUUUGUUCAUGGUCACAAGCUGUCAGUGUCUCAGAUAGUUUAUUUGCCUUUGAGCGUCUUGUCAGCUCUUCCUCUGGUCAAACACUUCAUCCCUCAAAACGCAGCUGAAAGCAGCAAGAAAGCAGAGAAGAAGAACAGUGAAAAGAGUAAGAGAAGAAGAAGAGCGGAACCGGAGUCCUCCACCUCACAGUGUGCCCCACUUGGUGCCCCCGCUAAGGGCCCGUGUCCAGAUGUGGUGAUAGUCGGGGCCGGGGUCCUGGGCUCGGCCAUGGCGGCUGUCCUGGCCCGGGACGGCAGGAGGGUGACGGUGGUGGAGAGGGACCUGAAGGAGCCGGACAGGAUAGUGGGGGAGCUGCUCCAGCCGGGGGGCUUCAGGGCCCUCAGGGACCUGGGACUGGAAGGUUCGGUGGAAGGUCUGGACGCCCACCAGGUGAACGGCUACGUGAUCCACGACAUGGACAGCCAAUCAGAGGUGGAGAUCCCUUAUCCUCAGGAGAAAGGGAGCGUCCAGUGUGGACGAGCUUUCCAUCAUGGCCGCUUCAUAAUGGGGCUGAGGAGAGCUGCCAUGGCAGAGUCAAAUGUCAGAUUCAUAGAAGGCACGGUGAGCAGCUUGCUGGAGGAGGAUGGCUGUGUAACUGGAGUCCAGUAUAAAAAUAAAGAAACUGGAGACAUCAAGGACAUUCAUGCCGGGCUGACCGUGGUGGCCGACGGCUGCUUCUCCAAAUUCAGGAAGAGUCUGGUGUCAGGGAAAGCUCGCAUUUCCUCUCACUUCGUCGGGUGCCUCAUGAAGGACUGUCCCCAGUUUAAGGCCAACCACGCAGAGCUGGUGCUGGCCAACCCCAACCCGGUGCUCAUCUACCAGAUCUCCUCCUCUCACACCAGGGUGCUGGUGGACGUCAGAGGGGAGAUGCCUCGCGACCUUCCAGGGUACAUGGCUGAGAGGAUACACCCACAGUUACCAGAUCAUUUAAAGGAGCCUUUCAUGGAGGCGCUGCAGAACGACCGCCUCAGGUCCAUGCCCGCCAGCUUCCUCCCUCCUGCCCCCGUCAACAAGCCAGGCGUGCUCCUCCUGGGCGACGCCUACAACAUGAGGCAUCCUCUGACGGGGGGCGGGAUGAGCGUUGCCCUUAACGACGUGUGCAUCUGGAGGGUUCUGCUCAGGAACGUUCCGGAUCUGUACGACGACGCGGCUUUAUUACAGGCGAAGAAAAGAUUCCACUGGGAGCGCAAGUCAUCACAUUCUUUUGUAGUGAACGUGUUGGCCCAGGCUCUGUACGAACUGUUUGCAGCCACCGACAAUUCUCUCCAUGAGCUGAGGAAGGCCUGCUUCCAGUACUUUAAACUGGGCGGAUCGUGCAUCACUGGGCCCAUUGGACUCCUCUCAGUCCUGUCUCCUAAACCCAUGACCCUGAUCGGUCACUUCUUUGCCGUGGCGCUGUACGCAAUCUACUUCAACUUCAAGUCGGAAUCCUGGAGCACCAAACCUCGAGCGCUGUUUAAGAGCGCCGCCAUCUUGUACCGGGCCUGCGCCAUCAUGUUCCCCCUCAUCUACUCUGAACUCAAGUACCUGGUCUACUAAAGAGCACAACAUGGGGGCAUAAUAAUCAAACUGUGUGUGUGUGGUCCUCCCUCCAAAGCUUCUGUGUUUGUGCCAUAGUGCUGGUGACAAUCACAUCGGUUGCGUAUAUCUACUGACAACAGGUCUGCUUUAUGGCAGACAUUUUGACUUGAGAGCAGGACAAGCGCAUUUGCUUUUAACUGCAGACCACUUCUGCAUCCGUGCAUGUUGGUUGUUGCACUAAAGCAGAACGUUCUUGUCCCACUCUUUAACUUUAUGGACUAAUUAAACAGGAAGGCCUUUAAUGAAGGCCUUCCUGUGAACAAGAAGCCCUUACUGCUGCAGAGUUUAUUUGGGACGUAGUCUGGCAUAGUGUCUACCACUUUUCUGUAUAUUAUUGUGCUGUUUUAUUUUUGUAGUGAAUGAAAAACUAAUUUUUAUAUUUGAAAUUGAAAGCACAGUGAUGGGAAGGCCAAACUGAGGGCCUUUCUGAUGACCUUUGUACUCGCUCCCCCCAAGAAAAUGCCUUCAUGCGUUCAGCUGUUGCUGAACAAAUGUCCUACGUUUAGUUUUUAGUCAAACGUUUGGCCUUUCUCCAAGUUUCCCGGCUUUGGCCGGCUGGAUUUUGUGUGUACAUAUAUAUAUAUAUAUAUAUAUAUAUUAAGUGAAUAAGGGUUAGGUCAUGGGAUAAAGCUAUAGCAAAAAAAAUAAUUACAAGACAAAACAUUUUUAAU